UGGGUUAGGGGUUGUGUGGUCUACGUCAAGUGGAGAUCUGGGGAGGAAGCCUUCGCUCUUCCAUAUUGACACCGGCAACCGUUCUGAUAUUAGGCGCGACCACCUCCUCCCCGCUCCAGGGUGUAUUAAAUUAGUUGUAUGUAAAGCUAAGUGGUCGAGCACCGAAGGGGCUGUGGUGUGUCUGAGAGGGCCGCCGGGGGAUGCUGGUGGUGCGAGUUUUGGGUCAGUCGCUGGUCUCUGACAACUUUCAAGAAUAACAAUUUGAGGGAAAGCCAACAUUAAUAGUGUACAAGAGGGAUGUGCGAGGUUGUUAACAAUUCCACAUGAACUAAAAGUGAAGAUGUGUUGAAAAUCUGAUUCUAAGGAAUCUAAAUGUCUGCCAGAGAUAGAGAAGAGCAAGAGGACGAACUGCUAGCUCUUGCUAGUAUUUAUGAGGAAGAUGAAUUUAAAAGGGCAGAAUCUACGCCAGGUGGAGAAAUAAGCAUAUGUUUGGAGUUGCCACCAAACUUCAAAAUACAUGUCCAAGGUGAUGAAACGCAGAAUAAAAAGGACCUGACUGAAUAUGCAGUUUCUUUUCUGCCAUCUCUUGUGCUGAAGUUCGAGCUGCCCCCAGAUUAUCCAUCGUUUUCAGCUCCUAAAUAUACCUUGAGCUGCAGGUGGCUUUUCAGAACUCAGCUCUCUGCACUUUGUUCUUGCCUGGAUAGAAUUUGGAAAGAAAAUGAUAAUUGUGUAGUAUUAUUUUCAUGGAUGCAGUUCUUAAAAGAAGAGACGCUCUCCUUUUUGCAAAUUGAGUCUCCAUUAGAAAUCAAAAGGAACAUUGAAGAGAAUUCUGAAAAUACUUUUUCUAACAAUAAGCAUAACGAAUUUGGAUCAGAGGACAAACUGAAGAACUUGCAAGACUUUCCGCUAGACCCGAGAGCUGUUCAGGAUGUGGAGUCAUGUGCUUGUGUUUUACGUGAAAUUUUGGACUUUGAUCAGAGUCAGAAACAAAAAGUCUUUGAUGGCAAGAUUUUCACCUGCAGCGUAUGCUUUUGUGAAAAGCUGGGUAUUCACUGCAUGCACUUUAAGGAGUGUAGCCAUGUAUAUUGCAAGGCCUGUUUGAAAGAAUACUUUGAGAUUCAAAUCCGUGAUGGGAAUGUUCAGUGCCUUAACUGUCCUGAGCCAAAGUGUACUUCCGUUGCCACACCUGCUCAAGUAAAAGAUCUCGUCAGUGAGGAGAUAUUUGCACGGUAUGACCGCCUUCUCCUUCAGUCUACAUUGGAUCUAAUGACAGAUGUAGUAUAUUGCCCUCGUACUGUUUGCAAGUCAGUGGUGAUGCUUGAGCCUGGAAACACCAUGGGCGUUUGUCCAGGAUGUCGUUAUGCUUUUUGUGCUUUAUGUGAAAUGGCUUAUCAUGGAAUUUCUCCAUGUAGAUUAAAAGCAGAGAAACUUUCUGCACUGCGUGAUGAGUAUUUGAAUGCAGAUGAAUCUGAAAAGUUGCGUUUGGAAAAAUCUUAUGGGCGCAAAGUGCUUCAGAGAGCAGUGGAGGAGUUAUGCAGCCAGGAAUGGCUUGAUAAGAACUCAAAGCCAUGUCCCCGUUGUGGUACAAACAUACAGAAGGUGGAUGGAUGCAAUAAAAUGACAUGCACUGGAUGUAAGCAGCACUUCUGUUGGCUUUGCAUAUGCCCGCUCUCAAAAGUAAAUCCAUAUAGUCACUUCAGUGAUUCUUCAUCACCUUGCUUUAAUGAGCUUUUCCAAGGUAUUGACUUUGAAGCACAAGAUGAUAUCUUGAGGGAUGAAGAUGAUGAUGGAAUUGUUUAACCUCAUUUAUAAAGCUAUUUGGACUAUUAUUAAGUAAAGAUUAUGCAUUAACCAUUUAAACAGACAAACAACUGUUACUUCAGUGCCAUCAAUCGCAUUUAAACCAAUCUUGAGCAAUGGUUAUUGAAUUUGGCACUUACUGUUGUCGAUUAUGAAACUUGGAGCUCAGGAUGUGUAAUAUUCUAGAAACUUCUGUUUUCAGCCUUCAAACAUUUAUACAUGCACAAUAUAUUUGAAGAAAUUUAGCUGAUACAUUUGAGGGGACGAUCAUGUUUUUCAUUUAAUCUGGACAACAUUCAGUGGAAGGUAUUUUGUGUAUUCAAGUAACAUUUGACAAACGUUUUCAAAAAUGAUAGCAGUGCCAUUUCUCCAUGGUUCUCUGUCUUUGUUUCACGAGUUUAGUUUCUUUUUCACCUUCCAAAAAUUUUGAGCUUUUGGUUAAUAGUCAGUGACAAUUGCUUGUAAUCCUGUUGUUGUGCCCUCCUGACUUGGUGUCAAGAAUUUGAUAUUCAAACUUUUUAUCUUGAUAGGCCACUUAAUCAUGGAGCUUUGCAAACCAAGCUACGCACUAUUUCUGAAUGGAGUUUCCUCCUUGAUGCAACAAUUUGAACUCUGGCACUUUUAUAGACAUGUUUUCAGUUUUGACACUGGAACUGCAGGGAUUUUGCAUGAAAUCAGUAAAUGAUGCAAAUACUGAGCAUAUAAGCCAGUUCUUUGGUUUUCUUUGUUUUCUGAUAACACAGAAGCAAUACUGUGCUAAUUCAAGAAAUUUGAUCCAAGAUGAAACUCCAGCAAUAGAUACUGAGCAGGCUGGAGUUUUUGCCUGUGAAGGGAGAGAAGAUGUCUGUCAGGUUCUAUCAGCCUAAAAAAUAUUCAUUAUAAAUCUGUUGAUCUUGCUGGCUCAAGGAACAUAAUGACGGGUCUAGGAACAGGUCUGCUGGUUCUCUCCUGGAAAAUUGGGUCAUAGGGGGAGAAAGAGUACUUUAUUAUUAAAGUAAAAAUUUUAUUACAGAAAUAAAGUACAUGUUUUGAAUUAUGAACCAGCUAAUUAUAUUAUGAAAACUUUUUUGGACUGCAUUUUGGUGCACAGAUGACUGCUGGGGCUGCAUUUUUGUUAUAAUUCCUUGGUAUUUUUGCAUAAAGCUAAUCUGUAAACUGUUCUUCCAAAAAGGGUAUUUCUUCUUUUAAUUAAUCUGUAGAAAAAUCAUAGUGCAUUCACUAAGGAAACAAACUAUCAUGAAUUGGAAUUCAAGAGAAUUUAAUAAAAAGAUGAUUUAAAUGAUUUCUAGUAAUCUAUGUUCUGAAUAACAUUACAAUGUUUGCAGUUAUCUGUAUAGUUAACCACAUACUGAACAUAAUUUUUGAAAUGGUUUUCUUCCACUUCAUAUUCAUUAAGUGGUUUAAAUCUAUUAACUUUAUUAUUCUUAAUAUGAUGUCAUGUGUGCGACAGACUGUCCCAUAAGCGAUGUAACAUGCAAAAGAUGGUGGCAAAGAAUGGAAAUUAUACUGUAGAAGCUGAGAAUUUCAGAAACUACCAUUCAGCAAUGAAGUGUAAGAUCUCAUUUGAGUUUUUCUAUUAUGAAGUAAAUACCCACAGAGCUUAAAGUUGCUUUUUUCAGUUAAUGAAUUAUUUUUGUAGCUUUUUGUUUGGAAUUUCUUUAAUAGAAGUUGCCAAUGAAAAAUAUAUCUCCCCACCAUUUGGUAAAUUGCUAUGCUUCUGGAAGAUAUUCUGAAAAUUGCUAUGCUUCUGUGGGCGGCACGGUGGCACAGUGGUUAGCACUGCUGCCUCACAGCGCUUUGAGACCCGGGUUCAAUUCCCGACUCAGGCGACAGACUGUGUGGAGUUUGCACGUUCUCCCCGUGUGUGCGUGGAUUUCCUCUGGGUGCUCCGGUUUCCUCCCACAAUCCAAAGAUGUGCGGGUCAGGUGAGUUGGCCAUGCUAAAUUGCCCAUAAUGUUAGGUAAGGGGUAAAUGUAGGGGAAUGGCUCUGUGUGGACUUGUUGGGCCGAAGGGCCUGUUUCCAUACUGUAAGUAAUCUAAUCUAAUCAUAAAAUAUACAACAUUCAAAUUAUUAUGAACUAUGAUUAAUGGUACAGUCUCUCUUUGAGACUCACUUUCCUUGUGGCACCUUUAUUUUCAUUUAAUGGCCCCUCCGGAUUCCUGAAGAUAGUAAAACCUGCCAAUAGAAACUGUUUUCUUUUCUGUAUCUGAUUGCUAUAGGAGUUCAUAAUAAUACAUCUGAACUCUCGAGCCUGAAUGUGGUGGUGAUUUGACUGAUUGAGGCAGCUGGUUUAUGCUUGUAUGUUAAAAUGCCGUUUUAACCACUCUUAGUAUUUCUUGGCUAAUUACUAUAGAUAAAUAAGUGGAAACCCUUCGAAAUCUCCAAUUCUUAAAGCUAGGAACUUUAUCAGAGAGUUGUAGGCACCACGUAAUCAUAACUUUGAACUUCCCAGGUAAUUGCUGUGACUUCCAAGGUGUCCUCAUAUGCAUUUUUCAGGAUCUGCCUGCUCUCUGACUACAUAGAGACUGAGUUUGUCUCCUUAUGCAUUAAACAGUUUUGAUUUAAUGAUAAGUAAUAGAAUAGAGUUUGACUCUUUGAGCACUUUCAACUUUUUUCUUCCACAGUUCCCAUCCCUCAAUUCAGUUACCCCAGUAAUUAGAUAUUUGCACAGGUACUUGUCAUGCUAAAAUUAUAAAAAUCUUAGUGUUAAUCAAUGGAGGUAUAACUUUCUAAAAUAUAAACCUCUACAAUUGUGGAGUUGUAUUAAAUCACUGGAAGGAGGAAGAACAAUAUAUGCCAUAUGUAUUGUUGUUGGGGGAAGUUACAAAAUUGAAAUGUGGAAGCAUGCCCAAUUUAGGAUAUCAUUUAAUCCAAAAGAUUGCUGUGCUAUUAAAUAUAUAUUAUGACUCCCUGUGUUUUAAAACUUCUAACCUAACCAUUAACUACGAACUUGUCUAUUGUACUCUGAAUAUACUCAGAUCUUCCAUUUUAAAACAGCUGGUUUUGCAUUUUGUUGCUGAAAUUGUCAUGGCUCAUUCUUUUAAACAGUACAAGACUGAGGUCACAUUUGGAUCAGCUCAUCAGAAAAUUGCUAGUGAGAAAUUUUGCUUUCUUACAGUUUAAUUAGCUUUUAUGUUCAUUCAGAUGGGCAUGCUUUCAGGAUUAGCUUUUUCAAAUACGACCUUCAAGGAAAGAUUGUUUUAAAAUGUUGUUUAAUGUCGAGAGGCUACUGUGAAGUGUAUUCAGGUGCAACUAAAAAUCUAUAUAUCAGAUGUUUAACUUAUCUGAAAGGAUUGAAAGUUGACAGCUGUCAAAUAAAUGAUUGAUUUAUACAA